AUGGAGAACCAGAGGGGCCCGAGGAAGCCCCUGGCAGCCAGGAGAGCCCGGUCUCUGGACAGGCCGAAGGCCCCGCCGAGGGGCUCCACGUCAGGGAACCUCUCCCAGGCCGCCUCGCCCAGGAGGGCGCUCCGCCGGACGGCCAGCGAUGGCGCCAAGGGUCCUGAGAGCCCGGCUCUGUCUGUGGGGUCAGCAGCCCUGCCUCCGGAAGACGUGGGAGAGCAGAGGCCCCUGCAAGACGCCAAGAGAGACAAGGCCCCGAGGUGGUGGGCCCAGCCGAGAUGGCUGAAGACACUCCUGAGCUUCCUGUUGAGGGCGGCCCCCGAGGAGCCCAAAGAAAAGGCCGGCAGGAGGCCAAGAGGGAAGGAGGGCUUCCCCCAGGCCUCAGAGCCCCCAGAGGCUGCAGGGGAGCCAGCCUGCAGGAAGAAAGUCCAGGACACGAAGGGCAGCCGCAGGAAAUCUGGCUCCAAGAGACCCAGUCAUGAGGAAACCAACAGGACUCAAGACGUGGAGGCUGGAGGCCAAGAGGCAGGGCGGCCCAGGCUGAGCCCGGCUCACGGAGGUGGGGAAGAUGACCAACUCCAUCAGUCCUUGCUCACCGAAGGGGAAGGUGUUGGAGUCGCAGACGUCUGUCCCCAAGCCACAGAUCCCCGGCAAGAAGAGGCGCUCACAAAGCCUGACCAGGACGUGGUGAUCCAGAUGAUCGUGCAGCUGCUCAGAAGAGUGGGAGACCAGCUGGAAGAAGAGGUGAGGGUGGGACCAGCUCUCCCCGCCCCAGCCCGCGCUCUCAGGAAGCGAUCCCACGAGCGGAAGUCCAGCCUCAAGAGCGCCUUCUCUCCCAGGAAGCCCAGCUCCGAGGCGCCCAGGGCGGCAGGGCCUGCAGACGGCUCCAGCUCAGACGCCCGGCCGCCCAAGAGGCCCGGCUUUCUGCCCCUGUGUGUUGGUGGCCACCGGCCCUCCAUCCCCGGCAGCCCAGGACGUCAGGGACCCGAAGUGGCCCUGCAGCUGGACAGAGCCUCAGAAUCCAAGGAAUUCAUCCGGAAGAUCACUGCCCUCCUUCGAGACGUGGAGGGUCAGGGGUCAGAGCGGCUUCAAGUCCAAGAGGCCCCGCCCUGCAGGAGCACAUCUCAUGAGAAAAAGUCCACAUGCAAGAAGGCCUUUGCUCAGAAGAGGCAUGGCUCCAAGGAGCCCAAGAGAGCCGGGGCCGCAGCUGCCGGCAGCCCGGACCCCCGGCCACCUAAGAGGCCCAGCUUUCUGCCCCUGUGUGUUGGAGGCCACCGGCCCUCAGUGUCUGGCAGCUUUGCAGGUAUCGCGGGAAUGGACCGGGGCAUCACUCAGUCCCUUAACUCCGUCUUCUCUGCCGUAGAGGAGCUCCUGGUCCGGGAGCUGGUGGCCCUUCUCCAAGCGUGGGACGGCCAGCUGGGGAAGCAGAUCAGGCGGCACCCCAGCCUCAAGAUGGUUUUUUAUGAGUUUCCAGAUUCUUCUCUCAGGACGCUGGUGGCCACCCUGCGCAGCCAGGAGGCCCCCUCCCCCGGCUCGGCUCGGAGCCUCGUCGGGAGACCCUACCCGUUUGCCUUGAGCUUGGCUAACAAAUUUGCUGGCAACCACAGCCACGCCAGCUGCAGGCUCAUGGGCUCCAGGGGCCACUGCUGCCAGCACAGUUAUGCCCACUUCCCGCACACCGAGGGCCAGCUGAACAUCACGAGUCCUGAGAGCCAAAGUCCAGAUUGA